AUGUCUGCUAAUCUUAUGUCUCGCACUCCCUCGACGGCUACGCCAACAUGGCAUCAGUUCGAGCGGAAGGUUGACGAGGUCAAGCCAUCCAAGACUGACAUUAACUAUCUGGUCAUGGACUACCUCAUCACCAACGGAUACCCCAGUGCUGCGAAGAAAUUUGCGAUCGAGGCCAAUGUCCAACUCCAGACGGAUCUUGAUUCGAUCCAGGAACGGGUUGAGAUACGGACUGCCAUCCACUCGGGUAAUAUCCAGCUGGCGAUCGAGAAGAUCAAUGAACUGAACCCUCAGAUCCUGGAUGAGAACCAAUCCCUCCACUUCGCCCUUCUGCGCCUGCAGUUGAUUGAACUAAUCCGCACCUGCACCUCCACUCACAACGGCGACAUCAGCCCGGCCCUGGAGUUUGCGACGUCGCAACUAGCCCCGCGAGCCCCAACCAAUCCACAGUUCCUAGAGGACUUGGAGCGGACUCUUGCACUCCUGAUUUUCCCCAGUGACAACCUGGCACCCGGUCUUGCCUCCCUCCUUGACCCAGCUCUACGUAAGGACAUCGCGACGCGAGUCAACGAGGCAAUUCUCGAGAAUCAAGGCGCUCGUAAAGAGGCGCGCCUGCGUGGCCUGGUUAAGCUCCGCGCUUUCGCAGAGAACAAAGCCCGCGAGACCAAGAAGGAUAUCCCUGAUAAACUGGAUAUCGGUCUGAUCAACGAGACUCACGACAGCACCCGUAAUUCCAAUGCCAAUAAUGGCGCUAGCAAUGGAGCUAGUGACGCUGUCAUGUCAAACAAUGGCGACGUCGACCCUAUGAUCUCAUGA